CGCCGCGGGGCGCGGCGAUGGCGGCGGCGGGAGGCGCGGGAGGCCCCGGCGGGCCCGGCCGCCCCCCCGGCCGCUCCCAGCUCUUCGCCGCCGUGGUGGACACGUUCCUGGAGAAGCUGGUGGCCGCCGGGAGCUACCCGAGGUUUGCCAACUGCUACCGCUGCUUCUACCGGCUGCAGCCCGAGGUGACCCGCAGCAUUUACGAGCAGUUCGUAGCCCAGCUGCAGGCAGCCGUCAAGGAGGAGAUCCAGGAGGUGAAGGACGAAGGGAACCUGGAGCUGCUCUUUGAUUCCCUGGAUAAGAUCGUGGAGGAGGCAAAGAACCAGGAAGAGCCUGCGUGGCGUCCCAGCGGGAUCCCGGAGCAGGAUGUGCACAGUGCCAUGGUGCCCUACCUGCUGAAGCACAGGGCCUACCUGAGGAGGGUCCUGAGGGAGAAGGAGGAGGAGAACAAGAAGGCAGCAGAGUCUGUGCUGGCAGGGAGGGCCAGGGUGGCAGAGCUGCAGCAGCUGAUUCAGGCUCGCAAACGUUCCUGGCAGGCAAUUAGUGAAGAGCAACGGGAACUCAUCCUGACCUUCAAGGAGCCCCAGUGAGGAGGCAGGAGGUUCCAGAGUGUUUCCUGGGAGUUCCUCCUUAUCUCGGAAGCACCAAAAAGGUGUUGGGAUCAGGGGACCCUGAGGGUGGCCUGAACAACCCACCCACACUCACGUUCAUCUUGGAAACUUCCAGAGGGGACUGAAAAGCUGCUGGAAUUGCACCAAUUGCACCUUCACAUUUGUGAAGGAAUAAACAAGGACACAUCAGUGGGAAGAGA